UACAGAAACCUCAUCCAUCCUACUGAAUUGAAUGCAUCCUGCUCACAGACAGGAAACACAAAGCUGUACCAUCUUGCCUCUUGGAUAGGGGAGAGGCUUCCAGAAACACACCGGUAGCCCGAAAAGGUGCAUGGAAUAACCAAGGCGAAGUGAUGUUUCUGAGUGAGAACAGCUGAAUAAUUUCCUUCAUACCAAGAUGCUAGCCAGGAAAGGACUUCUCCCUGAUGAGUUCCUAAUCACUCGCCUGGCAGAAGACAGGGCUUCUCAUUCCCAGUACAAACUCAAAACCAGGAGGGCACGUUUUGUGGCGAAAAAUGGAGCCUGCAAUGUGGCCCAUAAGAACAUUCGUGAGCAAGGCCGAUUCCUCCAAGAUGUCUUCACCACCAUGGUUGAUCUUAAGUGGCACCACAGCUUGCUGAUCUUCACAAUGACAUUUAUUUGCAGUUGGAUGUUGUUUGCCAUGGCUUGGUGGCUAAUAGCUUUUGCCCAUGGUGACCUUGGCCCAAAACGUGGCUCUUUUGUGCCUUGUGUUACUAAUAUCCAGUCUUUUACUUCAGCCUUCCUCUUCUCAAUCGAAGUUCAAGUUACUAUUGGAUUUGGAGGUCGAAUGGUGACUGAGCAGUGCCCUUUGGCCAUAACAGUACUCAUUAUACAAAAUAUAUCUGGUUUAAUCAUCAAUGCAGUCAUGUUGGGGUGUAUCUUCAUGAAAACAGCUCAAGCCAACCGGCGGGCAGAAACACUGAUUUUUAGCAAACAUGCUGUCAUCGCCUGUCGUGAUGGAAAGUACCGCUUAAUGUUCCGUGUGGGUGACUUGCGGAAAAGCAUGAUUAUCAGUGCUUCCAUCAAAAUCCAAAUAGUGAAGAAGACCACAACAGCAGAAGGAGAAGUCGUUCCUAUUUCCCAGGUGGAUAUCCAAGUUGAAAACCCUGUAGGCACUAAUUCCAUCUUCUUGGUGUCCCCACUUAUUGUUAGCCACACUAUUGAUGAAAGAAGCCCACUAUAUACCUUUUCAGCUUAUGACCUUUGCAAUGAAGAUCUGGAGGUGGUGGCCAUUCUGGAAGGUGUUGUGGAGACAACGGGUAUCACGACCCAGGCAAGAACAUCCUACUUACCAGAUGAAAUACUUUGGGGCCACCGUUUUGUUCCUAUCGUCACAGAAGAAGAAGGCAGGUACUCGGUAGACUAUUCCAAGUUCGGGAACACUGUCAAGGUGAAUGGGCCCCUAUGCAGCCCCAAAGACCUAGCUGAAGGUAGAUAUUGUGGACUGCCUAGAAAUGGACAACAUUCAAAGCCAAAGAAAAGAAGAGGUGAAAGUCAUGGAGCUGGGGAAGCUGGCAGGGAAAUUGCUGCAGAAAAUCAGUUUAUUGAUUCAGAUUCUUGAAACUUAAUGCUUUAUUAAUUGUUAUGUAUAGUGUAUUACACUGUUAUGCCCAGCCUGCGGCCCUUUAGCCUUCUGCUACCAGAGAAUGCUGGGAGCUGGGCCUUGAGGGCUGCAGAAUGGACAUGCCCUGCAUUGUUAUUUAAUGAAAAAGAUAAAUAUUUUCACAUACUCUAUCAUGGCAAAAGCAAUUACUAAAGGCUUUUUUUCAGAAGCUAAAUAGGGAGCCUGUCCAUCCAUGCAAGUAAAAGACUGAUGUUGAAGCAAAGCAAUGAACUGCAUUCCCUAAGGUGUGCUCAGUCUCUCCCUGAGUACAGAAACCAUUGGUAUGGCCUUACUAGAGCGUAACUCACAAGACACUUACAGGAAGUGGGAAGCACUUAUUCAUUACAUGGCAUUUUAUAUGUGCUAAUUGCCUGGUAAACCUUAGUCCAAGGUGUCCAGAGACAAAUAUUUGCAGAUCGUAAAUGAAUACAUAUCAAUGUGCAGUGUUUAACCCCUUGCCUGCUGGGGCUCUUUGUUCUUGCCAUGCCGCCGUUGGUUAUAGAUCCUACCAAUAAACCAUUUAUAACAAGGCAAAGAAAAAGGGCAACUGGUUAUCAAUAAACUAAUUAUUAUUUGAAAUCUA